UUGAAAAAAACAGACUGAGAAGCAGCCAAACCUAGUAUAAAGAUUGACCAUUCCCUUAUUCUUGCUCAAUUGUUAGUUGAUUUUCGAUAUCAAAUAGACUAUUCAGCGAAGAGUAUAUUUAACUUGUGUAACUUGCGAUACGAAAAGAUUAUAUGUAGUAGAGGCUACCUACCAAAAUUUAGAGCGACUGGAACCGAAAAGUGGCGUUCAAAUUGUUGGGGUAACAGAUGCGACCAUUAAAAACUUGUUACAGGUCUCAAAUUAUCACAUUUCCUCCCUUAUUGAUAAUUCAGACCGUUUACUGUAUAGUACUAAUGAGCGUAACAGCUCAGCUAAAUUUUUCUACUGGUUGGGGUAAAAGAGGAGAAGAGUUACAAAUAAAAACAGAUGGAACUCAUUCUUCGGGAAUUAAACUGUCAAUAGAACAACUAACUCAGAUGGAUCGACUCUUGAAGAGUCAGAAGAUCAUAUGGCCGUCAAAUUUUGCUCCAAGAAGACGCCAUCAAUAUAAGGUCAUUAUAUCCAAAUGUGUAAAAAAAUGGAAGAAAUAUGUAUUAUUGCGUCCCAUCAAGUGUAAUACCUUCGACAUGAUGUAUGGAAAUCGACUGGUAAAGAUUGACAAGCAAUAAUAAAAGAACAGGACAGAAUCUUUCCUAUGCUUUAAAAACUGAGAGGCUUUUCAGUGGACAAACUUUUUUGGGGAGUUUUAUUAAUCUUCAGUGAUCGUCAUCAUAAAAGUAAUAGAUCACGAUUUUUAAAAUAUAUUAUUGAUA